AUGGCUAAUUGUGAAAAUUUAGAUCUUGCCGAUGAGCCAAAUUUUUCUACACUAUUAAAAAGUGUUGCUGAGUUGCAAUCCUUAGGUAGUGAUAUUGGUAUUGAACGACAAGCUAUACCACCAUCUAUAUUUCAAGAAGAACAUGAUAAAUCAAUAAAUCCUGAUAAUGAACAAGAAACUUUACAAAUAAUUAAGCAAACAACAGAUAUAGCUCGUCAUGCUAUGAAUUUAAUUAUACGUGGUAUACAAUUAUAUGCAUUAUGUGCAAGCCGGAAAUCAAAAUGUUUUAAUAGUUUUUCAUCUGCUAUAUCUUGUAUUCGUGAACAACAUGGUUCAUGUCAACCACCUAAACAUUUAUUGCUUGAAUGGGAAAGAAAUGUUAUGCUGAUUGAUUUAUUUACCAACGAUGAAGGACUUUAUUGCAAUAGACGUAUAGCACAAUAUAUGUUUGACAUUUGUAUGGAAACAUUUGACUGGCUUCGUUCAAUUGUUAACAAUAAUAAAUAA